AUCGGUAGAUUAACAAACACUAUUAUCAAAGAAUUGUGUUUCAUAUGCUCAUUAUCCUAUGAAACCAGCGUGACGAUGGUUGGACGCUGGUUCUUUCUCCUCGUAGGGAUAGUCCUUCUUCAGGAUACCUUAUCUUUUAGCCCAAUUCCAGAUCUAGAAGAUGAAUGGGCAACAUAUACUGAAACUCUCAGGGAUCCAGCUUACCGACUCCCAACCACAACAGUACCUGUACGCUAUGAAGUAACUCUAACCCCAUACUUCGAUGUCGCAGCAACAGAAGAAAGGCAGUUUACUUUUGAUGGAGUUGUCAGAAUUUGGAUCGAAGCUACUCAACAAAAUGUAAACGAAAUUGUUCUACAUUGCAAUAACAUUACUAUUGGCACCGUUAAUGUAUUUACGAGUAGUGUUGAUGCGCCAUCAGUCGACAUCUUAGUAGCUGAAGAUCAGAGAGUUUGCGAAGCACCUUACAGUUUCUUAAGGUUGCGUACUUCUCAACCAUUGCAACUGGGCCAAGAAUAUGUUGUGUACAUCAAUUUCAUUGGAAAUUUGCAAACCAACAUGAGAGGUUUUUACAGGAGUUUCUACUACGACAGCACAGGAAGAAGAUGGAUGGGUACCACUCAAUUCCAGCCCGGACAUGCGAGACAGGCAUUCCCUUGCUACGACGAACCUGGCUUCAAAUCCUACUUCGACAUCACCAUCAUCAGGCCCGAUGACUUCAGCCCCACAAUAUCUAACAUGCCUAUUAGGGAGACUACUAUCUUGACGGAGACCGACCAAGUCGCAGAGACCUUCUACACAACACCAUACACAUCAACCUACCUUUUGGCAUUCAUCGUAUCCCAUUACCAGAAAAUAGCAAGAGGCACCAAUGCUGAAAGACCUUUUGAUAUCUAUGCCAGAGAUGAUGCAGUUGGUACUGGUGAUUGGGCUUUGGAAAUCGGAGAAGAUCUCAUGGUUGCCAUGGAGCGAUUAACUAACAUUUCUUAUUAUGAAAUGCAAACGAAUCUAGACAUGAAACAAGCGGCCAUACCUGACUUUUCUGCCGGCGCCAUGGAGAAUUGGGGCUUAUUGACAUACAGGGAAGCUCUAAUCUUGUAUGACGAACAGAACUCCAAUCACUUCUACCGUCAACGUGUGGCAAAUAUCGUCGCCCAUGAGAUUGCUCACAUGUGGUUCGGCAAUCUGGUCACUUGUGCCUGGUGGGACAACCUGUGGCUCAACGAAGGCUUCGCUAGAUUCUACCAGUACUACCUCACAGGCUCCGUUCGAGAAGAACUUGGUUAUUCUACUCGUUUCAUAGUAGAGCAGCUUCAAGUGGCUAUGUUCUCAGACUCUGUGGACUCAGCCCACCCUCUGACAGACCCUUCGGUCAACGACCCCAACAGUGUUAGCGGUCAUUUCUCAACCAUCACAUACGCUAAAGGAGCUUGUAUCCUCAGAAUGACCCAGCACCUUCUUGGAGAAGAGACGUACAACAAUGGACUUCGAAUUUAUCUUAGUGAAAGGAAAUUCAACGUGGCCGAGCCCCAGCAUUUGUUUAGCGCUUUGGACAGAGCUGCUGCUGCUGAUAAUGCCCUCGCUGCGUACCGUGGCAUCACUAUCGAUGAGUACUUUAGAACUUGGUCGGAGAAGGGUGGAUACCCAGUUGUAAAUGUCGCGGUCGCUCACUUGACUGGAAUCAUGUAUGUUACCCAAGAACGUUGGGAGAGAAACACAGGAAAAUCAGAGAACCCUGGCUUGUGGCAUAUUCCCAUUACCUGGACCAGAGGCAACGAUCCCAACUUCAAUGACCUCAAGCCAUCGCAGAUCAUUACUGACGUGGUCACUGUAAUCAAUAGAGGAUCCACUGGAUUGGAAUGGGUUAUCUUCAAUAAACAGGAAUCUGGUUUCUAUCGAGUUAACUAUGAUGACACUACCUGGGUACUUAUCACUAGAGCUUUAAGAAACAGCACCCAAAGGAAUGUCAUCCAUGAAUACAACAGAGCGCAGAUUGUCAAUGAUUUGUUCAGUUUUGCAAGAGCCGGUAUCAAAGGGUACGAAAGGGCUUACAACAUUUUGUCCUUCCUGCAAUUCGAAGAUGAAUAUGCUCCGUGGUUGGCCGCCAUCGAUGGAUUUGCUUUUGUUCGCAGGAGGUUGGCUCAUGACGCGGACAAUCUGCAAAAAUUAUGUGAACUAAUAAGCCUAUGGAGCACAGCUGCCGUCAACCGCCUUGGAUACAACGAAAUCCCCAAUGAGAGCUACAUGGAUGGUCUCUUCAGGAUGUACCUUAUGCAGUUCCUCUGUAACAUCGGACACACAGGUUGCGUCAACGCAGCACGUCAGAAAUUCGCCAACUGGAAGAAUGGUGGGAUACUUCCACCAAAUGAGCGUCCAUGGGUUUACUGCUCUGGACUGAGAACUGGCGAUGCAGAAGACUUCAACUAUUUCUGGCAACGUUAUCAAAAUGAAAGUUUGGCCAACGAACAGGUGGUCAUGCUGCAAAAUGCUGGUUGCACCUCUGAUACUCCAAGCCUUGAGAGGUUCCUUGAUGCUAUCGUUGCUAAUACAGAUGACGUCAGAUCUCAAGAUUAUUCCACUGCUUACAGCAACGCUGUGGCGGGCAAUGAAGAAAAUACCAUUAAAGUUUUCAACUGGCUCACCAAUCACUUUGAAGCUGCUAAUAAUGCUUUUGGUUCCUUGUUGACGCCUUUGAAUAACAUUGCUGGAAGACUUCUUUAUGAAGAGGACUUCGAUGUGUUCACAAGAUGGCUUGAACAAAACCAAGCAUUCAUGGGAGAUACAAUUUACGACGCCAUUACCUCCACUGUGCAAGCUUCUAGAGCAAAUUUGGAAUGGUCUGACCUAAGGAUACCUGAAUUUGCCCAAUACUUCGAGACUGGUUACGUCGAGGAGAUCAUUGAAGAAAUCAUUGACCCUACGGUCCCACCUACAACUGACAGUACGAUAGAUGAAGCAACUACUGAAGCGCCCACCACUGAAGAUGACGGCGAACCCGAUUCAGCUAACAUUGCUGUAUUAAGUGUCGUCACUUUGACCGUAACUUUGAUGAUCAAUCUUGUCAUGUAAAUUGUAAAUAUAAAUAAGAUUUUCUUAUAAAUGUGAUUAAAUAAAUGUAUGUACUUCUGUUA